AACCCAGCAUUCCAAACCCCAACACCCCAAACUUAAACACUCUAGAACCCAGCAUUCCAAACCCUAACAUUCAAACAACCAACAUUCUAGAACCCAGCAUUCCAAACCCUAACAUUCAAACAUCCAAUAUUCUAGAACCCAGCGUUCCAAACCCUAACAUUCAAACACCCAACAUUCUGGAAACCAGCAUUCCAAACCCCAACAUCCCAAACUUAAACAUUCUAGAACCCAGCGUUCCAAACCCUAACAUUCAAACACCCAAUAUUUUAGAACCCAGCAUUCCAAACCCUAACAUUCAAACACCCAACAUUCUGGAAACCAGCAUUCCAAACCCCAACAUCCCAAACUUAAACAUUCUACAACCCAGCGUUCCAAACCCUAACAUUCAAACACUCAACAUUCUACAACCCAGCGUUCCAAACCCUAACAUUCAAACACCCAAUAUUUUAGAACCCAGCAUUCCAAACCCUAACAUUCAAACACCCAACAUUCUGGAACCCAGCAUUCCAAACCCCAACAUCCCAAACUUAAAUAUUCUAGAACCCAGCAUUCCAAACCCUAACAUUCAAACAACCGAUAUUUUAGAACCCAGCAUUCCAAACCCUAACAUUCAAACACCCAACAUUCUGGAACCCAGCAUUCCAAACCCCAACAUCCCAAACUUAAACAUUCUAGAACCCAGCAUUGCAAACCCUAACAUUCAAACACUCAACAUUCUACAACCCAGCGUUCCAAACCCUAACAUUCAAACACCCAAUAUUCUAGAACCCAGCAUUCUACAACCCAGCGUUCCAAACCCUAACAUUCAAACACCCAAUAUUUUAGAACCCAGCAUUCCAAACCCUAACAUUCAAACACCCAACAUUCUGGAACCCUGCGUUCCAAACCCUAACAUUCAAACACCCAAUAUUUUAGAACCCAGCAUUCCAAACCCUAACAUUCAAACACCCAACAUUCUGGAAACCAGCAUUCCAAACCCCAACAUCCCAAACUUAAAUAUUCUAGAACCCAGCAUUCCAAACCCUAACAUUCAAACAACCAAUAUUUUAGAACCCAGCAUUCCAAACCCUAACAUUCAAACACCCAACAUUCUGGAACCCAGCAUUCCAAACCCCAACAUCCCAAACUUAAACAUUCUAGAACCCAGCAUUGCAAACCCUAACAUUCAAACACUCAACAUUCUACAACCCAGCGUUCCAAACCCUAACAUUCAAACACCCAAUAUUCUAGAACCCAGCAUUCUACAACCCAGCGUUCCAAACCCUAACAUUCAAACACCCAAUAUCUUAGAACCCAGCAUUCCAAACCCUAACAUUCAAACAACCAACAUUCAAGAACCCUGCAUUCCAAACCCUAACAUUCAAACACCCAACAUUCUAGAACCCAGCAUUCCAAACCCUAACAUUCAAACAACCAACAUUCUAGAACCCAGCAUUCCAAACUUAAACAUUCAAACACCCAAUAUUCUAGAACCCAGCAUUCCAAACUUAAACAUUCUAACACUCAACAUUCUCAAUCUCACAUUUUAA